AUUUGACUGGGUGAUAACUUAAAUUGGAUGGAAGUUUCAGGUCGUGUUUGUUGUUGAUUUUGCUUGUGUUGAGUCUUAUCUGAGGUUGGUUGACCACACCGAACUUGACUUUGUUGAUUGAGAAAGCAGUGUAAAAAGAAGAUAAUAGACUAUACUUCUAGAAGGUGAAAUAAAAAGAAGAAGAUCGAGUUCAGUGCAGAAAAGUAUGGCCUCUAAGAAGGAUAAAAAAGACAAGAGUGGUCCAUUCAUCACUGGCUUCGGCAGUUGGAAAGCAGUGACCACUGCUCUUCACAAUAGACUACCCAGCAACAAAGAGUCCAUGGUGCCAGGAGUGGAACCCAUUCCAGACUGGGACCCCACUUCGGAGUCCAGUGGACCUCCUCCGGACACAAUCACCCCCCAGCAGUUGCAGGCUACGAUGGAACAUCUGGCCAAGAAGGACGAAGAGUUGGGCUGUCUUCCCCCAAGGGUGUACGGGUCCUUGCUGGAGUGCAACGACAAAGUCUACAUGUUAGGUGGAACAGACAUCACUGGACAGCCCCUGAACACUUUGUUCAUGUCCGAGGACCCCCUCUCAGAUUGGUACCAACUGCCCCCCUUCAAGGCGCCGAAGGCAGGCAUGUCCACGCACGUGGUAGAUGGGAAGAUCUUCAUCUUCGGGGGAUCAAACAUCAAACAGGCGGGCGACAACUCAGUAGAGAUAUUUGACACGCAGUCCCAAACUUGGACUCAGGGUAAAACAAUCCCUGGCGACACCUUCACCGGAGGUCGCACAGUGUUGCACAAUGGCCUUAUCUACCUCAUAGGGGGCAUCAGAGACGGGGUGAGUUCAUGUCUGAACACGAUCAUGAGCUACAACCCAGAGACAGACACGUGGAAGUUAGGAGGCUACCCGGAAAUGAAUUACUACAGAUACGCCGCUACUCUCGUGCUCAAAAACAACCUACUGUACAUAUCGGGCGGUCGUGAGGGCAAACUAGCCUGUGACGGCGUAGAGUGUUUCUCCUUCGACGACAACAAGAUCACGCAGCUGGCCACAUAUCCUUCUAAGAAAGUGUUUUACCAGGAGUUCAACAGACCCCAAGAUCAGGACUUUUACCUGUUCGGAGGCAUGGACUAUCCCUCGACUUCACCCAAUGCAGCCAGUGAGAUGUACAGGUACGACAUACGUGGCAAUGAGUGGGAACAGAUGCCAGACAUGCACAUGGGCAGGGCAGACAUGGGCGUGGCCUGUUUCAAGGACAAACUCAUGGCCAUAGGGGGUGUGACUGUGAAUGCGAGACAGCAGGUAGAACCCACCAAUCAGAUUGAAGUGUUCUCCCCCGAAGAGAGGAUCUGGUACAAGUUCAAAAACACCAUGCCAACGCCCAGGUUCUCACCGCAUGUGUUGGAGCACAAACACAAACUCUUCGUCUAUGGUGGGUUCGGGGGCAAGCCAACUGGGGCACUGGAAAAGCUAGAAGUACACUAGAAGGAGAGGAGCGGAAGCUAAACUACACAUAAGAGGAUUGAGCGAUCUGAACUAAGUGAAUUCGCUAGCAGUACCAUACGAGUUAAGACUAUGGGCUCUUGGAGUAAUUCAGUUUCAAAUAAAUUAAGCUACGUUAAGUCUUGCUUAAUGUUCAGUUGCUUCAGCAACACAAAUGGAGCUGCAUAACGAUGUCUAUGAUGCAAAUGAAAAUUAAUGGUCUGAAGUUGACUUUCUAUGUGUUUUACACGGAGGUUUAUGUUUACUGCAGCAAAAUUUCAGAACUGAACUUGUAGCCGAUUUUUGAAAAGUUUGUUGCAAAAAAAAACAGCUUCAAAAAAUUGAAUCCAUGAGCUCAUCUAGGUGCUUUUUUCUUUUCAAUUGCCUUCUAUUCAAUAUAGCUUCUCUAUUCAAUAUAGCUUCUUUUAUUUCUGUAUAAAUCUUCCUAAAAUGUCUAAUGAUACCAUUUUAAAAGCAUAAAUAAACAUUUUUUUUGUGAUGUGUUUGUAUUUUUUAAAUCUGAGUAACAAUCGCUUAAUGAAAGCUCUAUGAAAAUGUAUACAUUAUUUCUUCGUUUUUCCUUUUAAUUCAACAAAGUUUUGUAA